UUGUUGUUAUUGAUGAUGGUACAGCGUUGCUGUGUUGAGGUGGAGAGCUGCUCUUUCACAGAGGACAUUUAACAAACCUUUCGUGCUGUGGAUUCGGCUAGCUUUGAUAGCAGCAGGUGCUGAACUUCAUGGUGAUUCAGCUGUAGGCUGUCCUGCUCUUCACCAGCUGUUUAGAAGAUGUCAGAAAGCUCCAGUGAUACGGAGUCCUCGUGCGGAUGGACUGUCAUCAGCAACGAGGGCUCAGACAUCGAGACUCUGGGACCCGAAAACGGGGCAGAUUAUGAUCAGGAAGAGGUGGACAGAGCUCCUGCUCCAGACCAGCCUGCUUCUCCACGAGAGGAGGAUGCUGCGGCAGCAGCUGGAGACUCCUCUCUGGACGCCACUCUUAUAGAAGAGACUGUGGUGGAAGCUGAGUCUGGCCAACAGGCAGGAGAGGGUGCGGGGCUGGAGGAGCAUGUGCCCCUCUGUUCCUCUAGCGAUCACUCUGACAUCAUCACCCUUGGAGACUCCAGGGAGACGGAGAUCGGCGCGUGGGAGGAGCCUGUAGCUAAGGAGGAUGAGGAGACAACGAAUGAGGAGCUUUACCUGGGGACCUCAUCAAGCAGCCAGUAUACUUUCAGUGCUGCAGAGACGACAGCUGCAGGCUGGCUGAAGAUCGGACGUGGUUUUUGCAGGAGUGUCGGACGCUUUAGUGGUCACUUCACAGAACAGCUGUACAGCACUCGCUCUUUCUCAGUUUUCCCAGCAGAGCGUCCCGUGCGCAGAGACUCCUGCAGCACCAGCACUGAAGAUGAGGAUGGUGGGAUGAAGGCCAGUCCGGUGGUGAGGAGGCGCCGGCUGAGGAGGAGCACGGCUGGCUCUGAGCCCGAGGAGCAGCAGGAGGUUCAAAGGGAGAGAGAGGAGGGUGGUGAUGGUGCUGAGGACGAGGCAGAAGAACACAGGGAGGCUCGCAUUUUCGCCCCGCAGCAGCGGCAGGUCAGCGGGACGCUCAACAAAUGCAUCCUGCUCGCCCUUAUCAUUGCCAUCAGCAUGGGCUUCGGACACUUUUACGGCACGGUGCAGAUACAGGAGAGGCACAGGAUGGUGGAGAAGACCCGUGUGAAUGAGCUGAGCGAGACUCGAGAGCUUCAUCAGUGUCGGAGAGAGAAAGACACUGUCAGCAAGGAUGUGGUUGAAAGUCUGAGGGAAGACCUUGAGGACAAGCGAGACAUGGUGAUGUCCCUGACAGGCAUUAUGGAUAAGAUUACCAAAGAAAACCAGCAUCUCAGAGCCAAAGACGCUGAACUGCAGGCACAGAGAGAAGAUUUGUUUGAACAGCUUCAACAGGCCAAGACUGAUAUGGAGUCUCGCCAGAAGCACCUUGCUUUGGAGAACCAGGCCCUAAAGAGUUCCCUGGAGCGUGAGGAGGCAUCUCUAUCUGUGCUCCAGGAUGAGCUACGGCACCUCCGUGCUCAGAUCCGCGAGCUCGAGGAGAAAGGCGCUGGCGCGGACUCGAUCCUGUCCGAGAACCAGCGCCUGAAGGACCACCUGUUGGAGGAAAAGCAGAGGGUCCGGAGCUUCCUCAAUCAGAAGGAGGCACUGAUGGCAGAGGCACAGGUGCUGCGGAAGGAGCUGGACAAGGAGCGGAAGGUGACGGACAAGCUGAGGGAGGAGCUGGAGGAGUUGAGCCAGAAGGAUUCUGGAACAGAUGAGGACCCUGAAACAGAAGAACUCCAGACACGACUUCAGGAACUGGAGAAGAAGCUGAGCUUUGAGCAGCAGCGUUCGGAUCUGUGGGAACGUCUGUAUGUGGAAACAAAGGAAGAGAGAGCCAAAGGAGACAGGCAGAUCAAGGCCAGGAAACCCAAAGAAGGAAUGAUGGGGAAGGUGAAGGAGACCUUUGAUGCGGUGAAGAAUUCCACCAAGGAGUUUGUGCACCACCACAAGGAGCAGAUCAAGAAGGCCAAAGAAGCUGUCAAAGAGAACCUUAAGAAGUUCUCGGAUUCUGUCAAGUCGACAUUCCGGCACCUUAAGGACUCGGCAUUGGACAUUUUCGAGAGGAGCCAACGACCGCAGCAGAAGAGGUCCCAUGAGAGGAAGGAUGCAAAGAUUCAACAGCAGCAAUUCAAGAAAGAGGGUUUCAAAGAGCAAAGUGACAAACGUACGGAAGAUACCCACUGGCAGCACCACAGGCCUCUGCACCAACACCCUCGCAAAUCCACAGUGGACUCCUCUUCCUUCCAGGCGGAUCGCAACAUACGCAAAUCAGGUGCCCAGAAGGAACAAGUAAUCAUGGGACAGAGAGCUGUGCCCAAAGGGUGCACCGGCGUGUUCGACUGUGCCUACCAAGAGUCAAUGAGCCUCUUCAACAAAGCCAUGGACCCUAUAAGAGCAGACGAGUUCAACCAGCUCCUCCAUAGCUACCUCCAGCAGGAAGUGGGCCAUUUCCACCACUGGAGGGAGCUGGAGAGCUUUAUCAAUAAUUUCUUCCAUAACGGACUCUUUAUUCAUGACCAGAUGCUGUUCACGGACUUUGUCAGCGGCGUCGAAGACUACCUGGAGGAUAUGGAUGAGUACCAGGGUGGAGAUGAUGAAGUUUUUGAAGAUCUGGAUGAUUACAUAUACAGGCACUUCUUUGGGGAUACAUAUUUAAAACGAUACGGCCCAAGUCGACCCUUGGAAGGGCCGGGGUCUAAGGUCAAAGCGGAGCAGGCGUGCCAGCGGCAGCAGCGAAAGCACCAACAUUCGCGCCCUCUGCACCCGCGGGACAGGAAAUGGGCCCGUUCGGGACGCAGCCCCGACAGACACUUUGCUGACGUCAAAAUAGAGCUGGGGCCCAUGCCGUUCGAUCCCAAAUACUAGCACACAAUGCAGAUCUUAGUUGUUUCUGUUGUAGCUCCUAAAGUGAUCCUGUUGCAACGGAGGUUUUUUUUUUUUAUAAAAGCAUUUCCUCCCCAGUUUUUGUGAUUUUGCACAAAUAUAAAUGCUGGUUGAAUGUGCUCCCUAUCUGUCGCUGUUUUUUGCGGUCAGCUGUCACUAGGUGCGAAUACAGGCAGUAGUCAAUGUCGCUUUGUCAAAGCUUUCUUAGACGGUCCGCAGAAAGAAGUUUGUUAAGAAACAAGUUCAUUAUAAGACAGAUUUUUGUUCUGGCUUUCCUUGUUAGAAGUGAUUUUUGCCAGUUUGCUGUAUGAAUCAUAAUCGUAUGUUUGAGAAGGCACGUAAUUUAAAGUACGAACUUUUUGAUUAAGAAAAAAAAAACUCUGAAAAUCAUAAUAGUGAUCCAAUUGGACUACUUUAUAUCAGAUAAUCUGUAUAUGUCAUAAAAGUAAAGGAGUUACAGUUAACUAUGGACUGAUAAUCAGCUGAAAAAGACAAUAUUCCAUUUUUGCAAGGACCAAAUAAGCACUUAGAAUUUAUUCUACUGAAAUUUCAGCUGUAAAAUUCCUCUGUGGUAGCAUCGGGAACCUUCGCAUUAAAUCAUUUUUGGAGAUACCUUCCUUUGGUGUGUUGUUCCGUGUGCUUUGGUUUUCUUACUGCUGCUAAAUGUCAACACUGAUUAGAAUUUAUCUACUAGAAAUAAUACAGAGGCGUGAAAUAUUGAAGUUGCCAUCUUGUGUGCAAUGUGUUUUUUUUUGCGCUUGUAAUGUUAAGUAACAUUCCAACUGAAGCGUUGUUUUCUGGAAAUUCUGCAAAAUGUAAUUAUUUUUUGUUUGCUGUCGCGCUAAUCAUUAUGCACGAAAGUCCCUAGAAUAAAAACUCAAGAUUAAAAACUGA